UUUGCUUUAUUAUUAUGUCUGUGACUAAAGUUAUUUAUUUAUUUUUAUUUUAUUUAUAGUUAUUAUACACAUGAAAGACUUUCUUUUUCUAUCCUAUGUCGUAAAAAAAAUAGAAUAGUUUAUGAUUUUUACGCGGGCUUUUUGACAUAUAUCAAAAACGUCAAAUAAUUGUCUUUCGUCUUUAUAAGUUUAUUUUUUGUUAAAGUUCAUUAUUAUUGAAUAUUAUAAAUUUCCAGUUUAAAAUUUAAGUGUUAAAUAAUUUAAUGUGAAACAAACGUAACAUGUCUUCGCUGCUAUCUGCUGAAUUAUCUGCAACUUGCAAUGCAUUGGGUACUUAUGAUAAACGAACAGGAAAAUAUCUUAUUGACGAUUUUACCCUUAAUACAGUUAAAGAUUUGAUAAGAUAUUUACGUCGUGAUGGUGAAGAUCACGAAAUACGCAGACAUUUCGGUCAAACAAAAGUUUUACAGACUGACCUUUUACCAAUGCUAAUUGACCAUUGGAAGCAUACAGAUCUUUUUGAUGUGACAUUAAGACUUCUGGUUAACCUCACAAAUCCUGCUCUAUUGCUGUAUCAUGAAGAAGUCCCUGUUGAACGUACAGCGAGACACAAUUAUUUGCAAAUAUUGUCCCACUUACAGUCGUACAAAGAGGAAGCUUUCACAAAAGUGGAAACAUGGAAUGUUUUUGCUAAAAAACUAGCAAAAAUAUUAGAAAUUGAUUGGAGUGAACGAGAUGAGGAUACGGGAUUAAUUAUUGAGAGGAUUCUGAUAUUAAUUAGAAAUGUGCUCCAUGUACCUGCAGAUCUUGAUAGAGAAAAGAGACCAGAGAAUGAUGCUAGUGUGCAUGAUCAGGUUCUUUGGGCCUUGAAUCAAUCGGGUAUUCUUGACAUAUUACUUUAUAUGUCAUCUGAAAAUGAAAAACAGUAUUUUAUGCAUAUCAUUGAAAUUAUAUCUCAUUUGUUGAGAGAGCAAAAUCCAACAAGUUUAGCUGAUGCUGCUUUGCAAAGGAGUGUUGAUGAAAAACUGAGAGAUGAACAAGAGCUACUUUCAAUAAGAAUGGCCGAAAAUAAAAAUAAACUGAACAAGAUUAAACAGUAUUCAGCAACCAGACAUUCCCGCUUUGGAGGAACUUAUGUGGUUCAGAAUAUGAAAUCAAUAUCAGACAAUGAGCUGAUUUGUUUAAAGCCUCUGAAUAAAAUAUCUAACAUAAAUUUCAACGGUAGUAAGAAAUCUAAACUAGUGAAACCAAAAAAUAGGAGGCCAGUGGAAAGUGGUAUUUUAGAAAGAAGAUCAGCUUUUGCCAUAAGAUUAUUUUUAAAAGAAUUUUGCAUAGAAUUCCUAAACAGCUCAUACAACCCCUUAAUGCAUUAUGUAAAAGAUGUUCUUGUAAGGGCAAAAGCACAGCAAAACGAUGAAUCGUAUUACUUAUGGGCUGUGAAAUUUUUUAUGGAAUUUAAUAGAGGUCACAAUUUUCAAGUUGGAUUAGUCAGUGAGACCAUGUCGGUUCCCAUGUUCCAUUAUGUUCAGCAGCAAAUGGAAAAAUAUUACGACAUGAUUAAAGUGGAAAAGAAAAAAUUUGCAACAUGGGUUAGGCGACUGCACCUGGCACUUAGAGCCUAUAAAGAAUUAUUAAAUACUCUUCUAGCUAUGGAAAAGAGUAGUGAUUCAACAGUCAAGGAAUCAGCAAAAGUAUUAAAGAGUAAUAUUUUUUAUGUCUUGGAAUACAGAGAAUUUAUUCUUAGUACAUUUUUAAAUUAUGAUGAAAACAAAAUGCCAAGGUCCUAUUUGGUGGACUUAGUGGAAACAGUACAUUUAUUUUUGAAAAUGCUGGAGCACUAUUGUAAAAAAACUGGAUUAGUUGUCCAGAAAAAGGUUCGAAAGAAAACUAAAUCAAAAAAAAAGAAAUCCAACAAAUCGCAAUCCCAGAAAACUAAGAAUCCGGAACCAGAGAUACCACCAUGGGAGGAAAUUCGCGCGCAGCUCGCGGCCGUAUUGAGCUCCGGAACCGAACACCUCGCCGCUCCCUUCGACGCCGCCUCUGAUGUGCCUAUAGACCAACAGAAAGAAGACUGCAUGAAAAACAUACAAAAACUGAUGCGCAGUCAUAAAUUCGAAGAUGUCGUCGGAAUGUUCAGAGCCGCGAGGGAAGUUUGGCCCGAAGAAGGUAUAUUUGGCGUCAACGGUAUACCAGAGGACGAGGAACUUGAGAUGUUAGAAACCAUUUACAACACUGACUUAGGAGUGGAAAAUAACGAUGUCGUUGAUGAAAAUGACACACAAGAAAACUCGGACUAUGACGAGGAAGAUGAAGAGGAAGAAGAAAAAUCAACAACAAUAGUAGAAACCGAUUUCAAUUUUCAAGAUUUUGUGUCAAGGUUUUGUCACCCACGGAUAGUUAGCGCGUGUGUUUAUUUAUUGGAGGGUUAUGAUAAGAAUUUGCCGCAUACAAAUCACUGUAUUGUUAAAAUGCUCCAUCGUAUCGCGUGGGACUGCCAGAGGCCUUCCAUGAUGUUUCAGGCCACACUAUUUUUAACUUUUCAAAGGAUCUUAGAGAAUCCUUUAGAACAAUUUAAGGAAAUGGAGAAGUUUGCGAUAUUCAUUUUAAGAAAAUUCACGGAAGUGGCUGCCAAAAAUAAUAAAGUAUUCAUAGAAUUGCUUUUUUGGAAAAACAGUAAGGACGCAAACGAAGUACAACACGGAUAUGAUCUUUACAUUGACCAAAAGGACAAGCCCGGAAGAGGGGCGUGGAGCGAGGAACAAGAGGAGGAACUACGAAGAUUGUAUAUGGAAAACCAAACGAAUCCGGAGACUAAUCAAGAUGUAAUCGACUGGAUUUUGGAGAACCUAAUCGACCAAACACGUACACGACGCGGUGUGAUAUCCAAGUUAAAGGAACUUGGGCUUAUUUUCAAAGCUCCUACUAAGCGUAGCAACAAAGAAAUGGCCAAAGGGAGAGUUCCUAAAGAGUUCAGUGAAGAAGAGGAUCAGCAGCUUAGAGACCUUUGGGAUGAAUGUAAAGAAAUAGAUGAUCCAAUGAGUGUGAUAAUUUCUCGCAUGCCAAAAAAACGACAAAAGCGAAGCUAUGUUGAUCGAUUAUUACAAUUAGGCAUUAUCCAGGACAAGAAAGAAUGCCGUAAAAAGAGGCAAAAGAAAUCUAAAGUUAAAAGCUCAGGCACAGAUGACGAUAAAUCAAAUGACAGUUCGUCCGGAGCAGAUUCUUCAGAUCAAUCUGAUAAUGAAGACGACAAGAGAUCAUCUCCAAAACCAAUCAAAAGAAAGGCGCCUAACAAAGCUCCAAAGAAAUAUAGGGAGUCUGCAAAAAAUAAUAAAAAAAUUAAUGUUCCUCAACUCAGUGCUAAUGAAAUUGCGAAAUUAUUGGUGGAAGCUGUGGAUAGUGGGUUAACAGACGGUCUAAAAUGGUUGGCUGAAAAUCUAGAAGAGGUUGCAUUGGAUCAGGAAGCUGAAGGAUACGACCCUACAGCAGAAGGUGUACCACUCGUUCCUAUAUCUAGUGAGUCUGUUGAGGCUAUGGAGAAUAAGUUCUUUCAACAAAUAUUAAAAGGCAUCGGGGUCGUUCCUCCUUCUGAUGAACAGGAAACUUUCUGGAGGAUACAAAGUAGCUUACACUUUAAAACUAUAAGAAAAAGAAGAGAAAUUAUAAUGAAAGCUGUCCAUAAAGAGAUUAUUUUAACGGACAUACCCACUGCUAAUGAUGUAGAACAAUCGCAAUCUAUGAAAAGUGUGGAGCAAUCAGGAAAUGACGAAUCAAGUGAUGAUGAUGAUUUAUUUAAUAAUUUGAGAAAGUUACGUGAAAAUGUUGAAACUCCAACUCGUACAAAUAAAAGUGUAAAUAAUGAUAUAGUACGCCGUAAAAGGAGUCGCAGCGUAGACCCUGAUGAAAGAGGUAAAAAAGCGAAAAUGCAAAAAAUAGACGAAUACGAAGAAUUAAGCCUUGAUAGAAAUGAUGACGAUGAUGAUAUUCUAUCAUUUGCGAAGAAAACAUUGGAACAAGAGGAGUUCCCCGACACUGAGGACAUAUUGAAAGAUUUGCCUACAGCAAAUAGUGAUGACAGCGCAAAGGAAGAUGAGGAGGACAUAGUUUUGCCGGCAAAACCCGCUAAUAAGAAACGCCGCGCCGUUAUCGAUGAUGACUCUGAUUAGUUUUAAGGUUGAGCGUGGAACGCUGGGAGGUCGCUGUUAGAGAUCCUUCACUCGCUACGUACGUGAUAGGAAUGGCGCUGCCCGUUGAACUAGUGCUGUGCUGUGCAGCUUGAAGACCGACACUAUCGAUCAAGUGUAAACACGACACGCCAGUAAUCCCGGUAAGAGGCGGCUGGAACGUGUUUU